AUAAAGCGAAAAAAAAAAAAAAAUAAGUAGUAAUUUUAGUAAAUUAGAAAAAUACCUAGACCAAGCUAUCACUACCUGCAAAUCAUUUAUAACAACGUCAAAGUUUUAAUUUCCUCAACUUUUGUUCAUGCUGUGACAUGACCUAAAGCUACCACCGAAUAACUGAAUUCGUUCAAGAAUUCUUUCAAAACACUUGUUAAUACACGUGUACAUAUGCAUUAAGUAAAGCUAAAGUAUUUGCAACCGAUAAAUAUAUUUUUUUGGGUUUAUUCUUGGCCGUGUUAUUCAACAGAUAUUUUAUUUCGUUAUAACGUUGCAAUAUGGCGACUACAAAAUGUUCAUUUUCCGUCGAUACAUACCCCGGAACUGUAGAGAAGAGUUCCUAUUAUGAAAGUCAAUCGCUGUUGCAUCCUUUCAAUAAAAAGUUUCACGUCAUCGUUCCUUCUUCUCCAGACUGUGAGUUUAUUUACUCCCAAUUUGAAACAGUUAUACAAAAUCAUAAGACGCUCUACUUUAGCGCGAAUGCUAGCUGCCUUCUUUCAUCUUCGUUGUACGAAAGCUUUGUCCAAAAUGGAACUAUUACUUUGCUAAGCGACUCAUUGCCUGAUUCAAGCUCAUCUAUAGCUUUAUACAAUGGAACAAUCUGGAUAUCCAUGGAUAAAGAUACCUACCUUUGUGCAGGAUUAAGCGCAAAGGCUUCCGGUAACCAACCAAAAAAUACACGAUGGGAUGCCUUAUUCAACAUCUCUGACACCCCAUUUAAAUAUGGUUCCAAAAAUUUUGAGAGACUGAGGAAGGGUUUGGAACGUUUACCCGAUUUCAACUUCAUUGCAACCUGUCCCUCCGAUAAAAUCCAGGAUUUUUUAGAAGCAGCCCCGUUUACCGUGCGUUGCGAACCAAUUCGCUUAGAGCAUAAUACUCUCCGUUCUCAAAAAAUUCCUCCUGUUCUCUUCGAACCCAACUUUCCUUAUAAAAAUAACGAUGAUGAUGAUCUAUCUACUCUUAAGGAAAACGCAUUUGACAUCCUUGAAUACAUGUCCUUACUCGGUUUACACUCCCCUCUCCUCCAGAGUACGAAUGCAACAGACCCUUACGUUAGCACAUAUACAAUUCCAAUGAAGAAUGCUGGAGAGCCGCAGACGGGUGACAUUACUCAGAUAACAGUGUCUGGUUUGCUUACACCGGAUAUAUGUCUUUGUCUAUACUCACGCAUCCAAUCACCUGAAUGGUUCUUCACUGGCCUGGUCGGCUAUCCUUGUACUCCAGUGAGUUGGAUUGGUAAAGUGCAUGUUCACAAUUAUUCAGGCGAGAACGCCAUUUACACACUUUCAAGAGCGAAGCAAAACUCUGUCCGUUGGACAUGGAAACUGUUUCAAUAGAUAACACGGCAACAUUAAUAAAUCACGUCAACCUAUAAGGCAGAAAGUCGAAAUUGAUAAAGAUGCAUAAAUCCGUAAAACUUCUAUUAACUUACCAAAACAAAAAGACGAACAAAAUUAUAAACACAAAACUAU